AUGCGCUUCUCCUUCGCCGCUGCUGUUGCCGCCCUGGCUGCCGGUGCUGUUGCCUCCGACGCUGUCACUGAGACCCUCACUAGCUACACCACUUACUGCCCUGAGGCUACCUCCAUCGUUCACGGUGGUUCCACCUACAGCAUCUCUACUGUGCGUGUUUCCCCCCCUUGUUGUGUGGUUGGUGGAUCCCGGCCACUUGACCAUGACCGGCUCCUUCCUCGUCACCCGCCCUCUGAUCACCCAGACCGUGACCCAGUGCAACAAGUGCUCUUCCACCCCGGUUGCUUCCACCCCUGUCUCUUCUGUCACCUCCACCCCCUGGUCCCCUCCAGCGUUGCUGCCACCGGCACCACUGUUUCCACCCCCGCUGCUUCCCAGCCUGCCUUCAACGCUGGUGCCAUCAACGCCGCUACCGGCGCUGGUGCCGGUCUGGCCGCCGUCUUCGGUGUCGUUGCCCUCCUGCUGUAA